CGACCGCUUACCAGCGGUUAUCGUCAAGGUUCACGUUCCCGACCUCUUCCAAGUCUCGUGGCAUCUUUCCCCUUCAUUUCCCCUUUUUGAUUCGUUCCCUCAUCAGUCAGCAUUCCAGCAUCCCUUCCCUCCCCCACCCAGCCCCACUUCAUCAGCCGAGCACCUGCACCCCCCCUCCCCCCGCCCCCCCUUCUCUCAGCAGCACCACCCAGUGCAAUUGCUGUAGUUCAUCUAUCCCACCGUCGACAAUGGUUCGCUACGGUCAGUAUGACAUGCCUCCGGUGGAUCAGGAGGUGAACUUCAAGGUCGGCCAGCCGUCACCCGACACUCUGCUGCCGCUCGACCUCGUGCGGCAGGCCGCCAACGCCAAGUUCGCAGAAACCGACCACAAAUUUCUUCAGUACGGCGACAUCCAAGGCUACCUGGAGUUCAGGAAGUCACUCGCGGGAUUCCUUACCGAGGUGCGUCUUUGCUUUGUGUGUCUGAGGGGCUGAUAUAUUAUAUGGAGGGCACUGUGUGUCGUGUCGUGUGGUUUGCUUGUGUGUGUGUUUCGUGUGUUCAGCAAUACGGUGCGCCAGUGAGCCCGGAUGAGUUGAUGGUCACUAAUGGCAUAACCGGAGGGCUGGCGCUCUUUAUCACGUAAGAUGAAGACAGGCAGGGCUACGGGCACUGCACUCAGCCGCAUCGUGUGUUGUCUGUCUGCUUUCGAUUGCAUUCAGCAUCUUCUGUCGGUCUGGCGAUUUGGUGUUUGCCGAGGAGCCGUCCUACUUCCUGGCGCUCCGCAUCUUUGAGGACUUCAAACUUAACGUCGUGCAGAUUCCCAUGGACGAGGUAACUAACUAGUGGGUGCCACAGACACACACACAGGGGGAGAGAGGUAUGUGAAUGGCCGGCCCACUCAGAUAUCUGUGUGUGCGUGUGUGUGUCAGGACGGCAUCAUUCCCGAGGAGUUGGAGAAGCAGCUGCAGAAGCAGGUGCCCAAGUUCCUAUACACCAUCCCCAUCGGCCACAACCCUACCGGCAGGACACUCGCCGAAGACCGACGCAAGAAAAUCGUCGAGCUCGCCUACAAAUACAGCUUCGUCAUGUGCGCAGACGAGGUCUACCACCUGCUCGGAUUCUCAGGUACACACACAUAGCCAAUCAAUGACUACGGAAACAUGGAUUCCUCCGUUCACUUGGUGAGCGCAGGUGUGCCGAUUCCGUUGCCGAUGCCGUACUACGACCAGAAGAAGGAGCGUGUGGUGUCAUUGAGGUCGUUUUCGAAGAUCCUGGCGCCCGCCCUGCGGCUGGGGUGGAUGCAGGGGCCCAUGAAGAUACUCAAACCCAUCAUCGACUGCGGACAGCUUGACUCCAGCGGGGUCAGUGAGUGGCCGACAAACACAAACACAUGUGUGUGUCUUGACUGCCCAUCCACCAUCUGUGUGUGCCGUGUGUGCGUCAGGGCAUCAAUCCGGUGAUCAGCGGCAUCGUGCACCAGGCGAUCGACCUGGGUCUGCAGAAGAAGCACCUGGCCUAUGUGCAGGAAGAGCUGCACAGGAGGUGUAACACACUCAUGGUGUGUAAGGACGCACACACCGACGGCUGACAUGACCACCGCCGCAUUGACUGUGUUGUGUUGUGUUGUGUUGUGUGUGUAGUCUGCAUUGGACAAGUACAUGCCAGCUGGCGUGACGCACGAGGUGCCCAAGGGCGGAUACUUCGUCCUUGUCAAACUGCCUGAGGUAUUUCUUGUAUUGGAUUCGCACACACGCUGA